GGUUUGUCCAUUGGGUGCAUCGAUUGGGUGUAUUAUAUUUGGAGAAUAUUAUCAUAACGAACAAUAAACUGAAACACCUUCCAACGGUUUUGGGGUAGGCAGCGGUAGAAUAAACCCAGAUUUGCUAGCAAACUUAGUUUGUGAUGCAUAUUAUAUUGCUUAUAAUUUUAUGUGACGGACGUGUAAAAUGGAUAUAUUACGAAGAUACAAAAAGGAUAAAGACGAAUCAGGAAACCGUGUUUCAGGCCAUGAACUACAAUCGCUUACGAUCGAAGAGGAUGAUCGGGGCGCUGAAAAGAUUACCUCGCGGCCCAGAAGUCAGAGCGAAGCGUGGCUUUUGCCCAGUAUCAAGGUACAGCAAUCCCAAGCAUGGCAUGGCUUCGAUAUCCAAGAUUCAAGAACAGUCGGAGACUCACUUCCCAAACUGUAUAGACGUAGUGAAAGAUUUCGAAGAGGACUUAACACCAAACUGCUUGAAGCUAUCAAAUGCAGAGAUGACUUGGAGGUCCAGAGACUGUUAGACCAAGGUGCGAAUCCAAACGCGACGUGCCACAGGGAGUGCAUCUCCGCGUGCCACCUGGCCGCGCUUGCGGGCGGCGAGGCACUUUCUCUGCUGCAUGCGCGGCAUGCUGACAUGAUGCGCUAUGACCUGCUCGGUAGGACGCCGCUGCACUUCGCUGCCUGGGAAGGGGAAACAUCGCGCAGGUUGCGCUUCUUCUUGAUAUGCAUAAAGGAUUACGCGACAAAAUUAAACAUCAGAUAUCACUGGACGCGAUACAAGAAAUAAAAGCAAUCAACAGCCAUUUUCAAGAAUUGGCCAAUGUCCGUUGUAAAUUAGGAGAGAUUACACCAAAACAUUUAAACGCGUGGCAAGACACCUUGGAUGAGAACACCUUCAGAACAGAGAUUAAUUUCCCACUCAUAAAAGCUGGCUGGACUCCGCUGCAUGCGGCAAGUGCGAAUGCUCGCCCGCACUGUGUUCGCCUCUUGCUCGCUGCCGGUUCAGACCCGAAUGUUCGAGAUUUCGGCGGGAGAUCCGCUCUAGAUGUCGCCGGCUUUGCGUGUUACAACGGACGACAAAUAAACCCAAAUAACUUCGCGGAAGUAAUAAAGCUCCUUCUUAAAGCUAAUCCUGGUAACAGAAGCAUAAACCAGCUAAAAAUAUCUCACACUCCGCUCCAUACGGCAGUAGAGGUGGGAAGCAUUGAGGGUAUAGCUGAGUUGCUGGCCGUUGGAGCGUCUGUGUCAUGCCUAAAUCAGGACGGACUCACGCCUCUGCAUCUGUGCGUUAAGAAGAAACAAAAGGAUCAUCUACAGAUUUUUCUAAACAAGGACGUAGAAAACGCGUCUGUCGUAGACAAAGACGGGCAGACAAUCCUUCACACGGCCGUGCGCGCCAAGUGGGUUCCAGGAGUUUGUAUAGCUCUGGCAGCGGGAGCCCACCCCUUAGCAGUAGCACAAUAUGGAGAAACGCCAUUCCAUUUAGCUGCAGCUCUAGGCAACGUCGACAUUUUCAGCGAAAUCAUCGAGGCCAAUGGUGUCAGAGAAAAUAUUAACUUCAAAAAUGCAGUACACAAAACGGCCCUUUUCAAAGCAGUUGAAAAAGGACAUACUGAAUGCGUUAGAAAGCUUCUUAAGUACGGAGCGUCGAUAUCUGAAACUGCGUCUCAAAAAAUGAAUGUAAUACACGUCGCUGCUAAACUAGGCCACGCGGACGUUCUGAAACUCUUACUUGAACGUAGCUACACUGUCACAACAGAUAUAAUUAACUCAAGAACUGCUCAUGACGGUAAAGGUUUCGGCCCAAUACAUUUUGCCGUCUGGAAUAAUCACCCAGAAUGCGUUAAACUACUUCUUUCAAAAAAUGCUUGCCUAAUUCUAAAGACUUUGUGUGGUCCAGAUAAGUUGUCCACUCCCCUACAUAUAGCUGCAAUGAAAAAUAAUUUGGAAAUUGCAAAGAUCCUACUAAAAUUUAGUACGGCGAUAGUGCACGAAGUCAAUAAUCUAGGAUGGACUCCAUUACACACAGCAAGUCAUUACAAAAGUCGGGACGUGAUAUUCUUUCUUCUAAAGGAAGGGGCUAACUUGGCAACUAUUACUCGUGGGCAGACGAUGUUAAGAAAAACAGCAAUGGAAAUGAUCAUGAAUAAUUUGUCCAAGCCGACUGAAUUUAUGGAAGAAGUGUUCGACUCUUGCAUCCAUGACAACGAUUUGAACCUACACGAGCCUCAAUAUCAAGUCACUGUUGAUUACAGCAUUUUGAUAACUGAUACCAAAGAUGCACUUUCCAAAACCUUACCUGAUUAUACAUUACCUAUUAAUCAUAACAUGGGACAGAUGACGGUGGUAGAUGCGAUCAUCGGCUCCGGGAACAGACAAAAGCAGAAUAGACUGCUGCUUCAUCCUCUAAUAGAAAGCUUCCUGUGUUUGAAAUGGAGGGCGUUAUUGCCGUUUUUUUGCAUGAUCAUUAUAGUGUACAUUGCGUUCGUGAUAGCUUUGACUGGUUUUGUAUUGUCUACAUUCUAUGACACGGAUACAGAGAAAUCUAUUCCAUACACUUAUGAUUCGGGACCAUGGGCCUCGAUCACCUUCGCUGCACUGAGCAUACUGGUUGUACAGGAGUUGUUUUACUAUAAAUUCUCGCGAAGAUAUUUCGGACAAUUCGAGACUUGGGUAAAAUUGUCAACUAUUUUUCUAGCCAUAAUCCUCAUGAUGUACCACGAUGUUAGGUAUUUGGAUAAGGUUUGGUACAGGAAUGUAGCUGCAUUAGCUUUGCUUCUCUCUUGGGUGGAGCUGAUGUUUCUGCUGUCCGGAUUUCCAAAUUGGGGAUACUAUGUGCCGAUGUUUAGCCAGGUAUCUUCAAAAGUGGUCAAGAUUCUUCUGACCUUCGGAUUCCUUAUAAUCGGAUUCUCACUCGGAUUCAUGAUAGAGUUUCACGCGGAGGGGCCUUUUGAAAAUCCUUUUGCCGCUCUCGUCAAGACCAUGGUGAUGAUGGCAUCAGAGUUCGACUACGACGACCUCAUAGAUAACAUAAAAGAAAAGAAGGGACUAGCACCGUCCCUCAUUCCUGUUCGUAUCAUUUUCCUAGGCUUUUUGAUUUUCACCGCAAUAGUCCUCAUGAACUUGAUGGUCGGUGUGGCUGUCAACGACUUACAAAACCUGGAGUUUCUAGGCAACAUAAGGAAGACUGAAAAGCAAGUGGAAUUUUUGGCUUUCCUCGAAAAUAUAAGGAAAUAUCUCCGCCUGCAUAGACUUCUGCCGGCGUGUAUUCUCAAAAAGUUUAUAGUUGAGAAGAAGAUAACUUUAUGUCCAAGCGAGCGAUCCUGUAAAUACUAUAGGAAAUUACCGAGGCAUAUAAGGGAAUCUAUAUUUGAAAUAGCUCAAGAACAAAAACGACACACAGAUGUAGAGCACGACACGAAAACUUACAAUACUAAACUCAAUGAGAUUUAUAAAGCUAUUGUAAAACGUUCUAAAGAGGAAGAAUUGAGUAAUACUAAAGUGUUAAUAGAGGAACAACAAAAUGGAAAGCAAGAUAUGGAAUUGAUUGUAGCUGAAUUAAAGAAACAACUUGACUUGCAUUUUGAAAGAACUAUUGAACUUUUUAAUAUUAAAACGGAUAGCAUACUUAAUAAAUUAAAAGGGGUUGGAAAUGAAGGAAUUAUCGAGGUCUAAAGCCGAUUUUAGAUGCCAAUUCUCAAACGUAAGCGAAUGUCCGUAGACUGGUUUUAUUAGUUUAAAUAUUAUAUCAAUAAAUACUUUUUUAUAAGGGCGUCAAAUCAAAUCACAUAAUAGUACGUUUGUUAUCACAUUGAAAAAAUCUUAAAAUAGAUCAUUUUUGUGUGCAAUAGGAUCUUGUAAUUAAUAUCAUUGAACGAUAUUUUAAAUAUAUUUUUAUUUUUUAA